AUGCCACCCAACCCAGAUGAUGACUUACCUGUACCAACAGAACCUAUCACUCGACGCUUCUCGCAAUACUAUGUCCCUCAAGGUGUAUACCUGGGUCUCGAUGUGAGCGUUGAUAGAGAAAACAACAAGGUCAGCUACUCCAUGUCGGUGCAUGAUGGUUCUUACACCACCGAUUAUUAUGCCGGCGACUUUGACAUCGAACCCAAAGACGAUCCUCAAGCGACUCUCAAGGCUGGUUUACAAAAAUUGGUCGAUACCAUUCGCAUGUUCUCUGUUUCUCAACACUACAAGAUUCAAAUCGUCGCCUUGUCAAGUGAUGUUGCAGAUCAUAUAUACAAGUCCUUCCCGAACGAGACCGAACAAAGCAUUGCAUCCAUGUUUUGGCGUCAAUUAGAUGCUAUUCCUUUCCAUGUUCAUACUCAUGGCGAAUCAGCAGAUGAACGUGCGAGUGCUGCUGUACGCAAAGCUGUCAUGUGGAUGUCUCCCAAAUAUCCUGGAAACAUCCCUCGUGUCUGUGUUGGCUAUAAACAUGAGGUGGAAGUGGACUUCAAUGGGAUGAUUCAUAUUGCGGAGCUCGAGGAUUAUCAACGCACUGUCCAAGCCGAAACAUGGCGUGUCCUCAAUGAAAUGUGCGACAAAUACAGAAACCGCAAAGUACGCGUAGCCUAUUUCAACUCGACACCCCAAGGUGGAGGAGUGGCGUUGAUGCGGCAUGCUUUACUACGUCUUUAUCGCUUAUUGGGCAUUGACUGUCAUUGGUACGUUACACGUCCAAAGCCUGAAGUCUUUGAUAUCACCAAACGCAAGUUCCACAAUGUGUUGCAAGGUGUGGCUCCUCCUGAUGUUCGUUUGAAUGACGAUGACAAGCAAAUGUUCAUUGAUUGGUCCAACGAGAAUGUGGAACGCUUUUGGCUCGGCAACAAGGGUCCCAUAGAAAACUCGGAUGUCAUUGUCAUUGAUGAUCCACAAGUGGUCGGAAUCAUUCCGCAUAUCAAGAAGCAUAAUCCUCGCGCACGUAUCAUUUUCCGCUCCCAUAUUGAAAUGCGUGCCGACUUGAUCCGUGAUGAUCCAGAAGGCCCUCAAGCAGAAACAUGGAAUUUCUUGUGGCAAUUCAUCCAACAUGCUGAUCUCUUUAUUGCUCAUCCCAUGGACAACUUUAUUCCUGAUGUGGUGCCUCGAAAGAAUGUGGUUCUCAUGCCAGCUACCACCGAUCCUUUGGAUGGCCUCAACAAAUCUCUCGACCCUUGGUGCACCGAUUAUUAUCAGCAAGUAUUCAAUCGUGUAUGCAUAGAUCAAGGUGCAAAUGAAGUCGACUGGAGCCGACCCUAUAUUGUUCAAGUCGCUCGCUUCGAUCCAUCUAAGGGUAUUCCCGAUGUCCUCGAAUCCUAUCGUCUAUUACGUGAAAAGAUGGCAGCCAAUGGCAUAGAGGAGUUUGACACACCCCAAUUGGUUAUUUGUGGUCAUGGCAGCAUUGAUGAUCCUGAUGGCACCGUCAUUUACGAGCAAACAUAUCGCACCAUUCAAAAACCAGAGUUUGAAGCUAUCUCCCUUGAUAUUAUUGCAGCACGUCUUCCGCCAUCAGACCAACUACUCGACUUGAUCAUUCGUAAUGCAGUGUGUGCACUCCAAUUAUCCCACCGUGAAGGAUUUGAAGUGAAGGUGACAGAGGCACUCUAUGCAGGUGUCCCUGUGGUCGCUUAUCAAGCAGGUGGCAUCCCGCUACAAAUUGUAAACAACGAAGAUGGUUUCCUAGUCCCUAUUGGUGACGUGCAAAGUGUAGCAGAUCGCCUUUAUGCAUUGACCACGAACAAUACGUUGAGGCAGCAAAUGAGUGACAAUGCCCGAAAAUUGGUGACCGAGGAGUUCUUUACGGUCUGGAAUGCAAUUGGAUGGCUCCACUUGUUCCUUCAAAUGACCGACAGUGACAGCCAAGAAUGUGAGAGCCAAGGUCUGCUUGAUGUGGAGGCUACUUUUAAACGCAAUUCAGGACUCGGCAACGAGGUCAAGGUGUGUGAAUUGUGGAAAAAGUACUACAACUAUCAGCCUACAACAACCUAG